AUGAAGUCUUCUAAAAAGAAUCGCAGGAUGAAACGCUCAAAGUCCCAGCCUUUCCCGGCAUUCAAAUCUUCGACCGCCACUACUAAUCCGUUUAGAGCUCCUCCCAAAGGAUUGAAGGAAGGCCAAUAUAGGACCAAAGGAACAAUUAAAAGGCUGAACAUGUACAAGCAGAAACCUAAUUUUUCAAAAAUGAACGCUAAAAAUUUGGAUCCGGCAAGAAUUAACCCAGAUAGAAGAUGGUUUGGAAACACAAGAGUUUUAACACAGGAACAAAUGACUAAUUUUAGAAACGAACUUGGCUCUGUUAAGGAUGAUCCUAGAACGCAUAUCAUAAAGAGGAGUAAAUUGCCUAUGUCUCUACUUACAGACACAAAUAUUAAAAUAGAUAAUUCUAAGAUUCUAUCGAUUGAGUCACUAGAGGAUACCUUCGGAAGGAAGAGUAAGCGUAAGAGGCCCAAACUCCAAGUUUCUACAAUAGAAGAGUUGGUUAGUGAUGUAAACUCGAGAGUUUACGAUCGAGAUAAGGAUAUGUCGCUCUCAAUAAUUGGUGAUAAUUUAACAGAUGAGACUCCAAACGUUAUUUUCAAAAAGGGGACAUCAAAAAGGAUUUGGGGAGAGUUGUAUAAAGUCAUUGACUGUUCUGACGUGGUUGUUCAAGUGAUUGACGCAAGAGAUCCCAUGGGAACAAGAUGCUUAAGACUAGAAAAUUAUAUGAAAAAACAUAAAAGCGGAAAAGUUUUGAUUCUCUUGAUGAACAAAUGUGACUUGGUACCAUCAUGGGUUACUGCAGCAUGGAUAAAACACUUAAACAGAACUAUUACAACUGUAGCAUUUCACGCAUCUGUCAAAAAUCCAUUUGGAAAAAACACCCUAAUUCAGCUAUUAAAGCAGUAUUCCCAGAUUUUCAAGGACAGAAAACACUUUAGUGUGGGAUUUAUUGGAUACCCAAAUGUAGGAAAAAGUUCCGUUAUCAAUACCCUUAAGGGGAACAGAAGUUGUAAAACCGCCCCAGUACCAGGUGAAACAAGAGUGUGGCAGUAUGUUUGUCUGACAAAGAGAAUACACCUGAUUGACUGUCCAGGAGUUACACCAUUUGAGGAAGGAGAUGAUACAGACAAGGUUUUAAAGGGAGCAAUAAGAGUUGAAAGGAUCCCAGAUCCAGAAAACUACAUAAACAAAGUCAUAGAACUGGUAAAAAAGGAUGGUCUUGUACGAAGAUACGGUAUAAAGGAUUUUAAUGAGGAUAAUUUUUUGGAAUUAGUUGCAACUAAAUUUGGAAAAUUCAAAAAGGGGAAGGUACCAGACAUCUCCAUUGCAGCAAGAAUAGUGCUCUACGACUUUCAAAGGGGAAGGUUGCCUUUUUAUUGUGAACCGCCAAAGGAAGAAAGCCAAUUAGAUCCAACAGAAGAUAUUAAAAAGCAUUUGGAGGAAAUCGAGAACCUGUGUGUCCAACAAACGACCGAAAUCGAGCCAGAAGAUGUGGAAAAUAUCUGCAAUUUAAAGGAAUCCAGUGAAGAUAUAGACUACAAUAAAGAAGAAGAACGUGAAGAGGAUCAAAAUAUUGAAACUAGUGACAAAUCGCAAGGGAAAUCGUGCCCACAUAACACACCUACUCAAAUCCCCAAUUUGGACUAUAAUUCCUUCCUAACAUAA